ACUUUUUGGAGUUCAGUUACAGAGACGAUGCAACUUUAGGAUCUGACCGCGUCGCACACAAUGAUAACAGGGUAGCGCCUAGUUUAUUUUUAAGCCAAAAAAGCAUAUCUUAGCACGUCUGUUAAAUAUGAAAAACACGCACAGAGAAAUGGACUGGCGGUGGACUGUUUUCACUCUUAUCCUUAACUUUAACUUUACCGACGGAUCCCCGUCUUAUGACUUAUUCCACGGUUCUGCACACGCUGGCGCGGUCCACAGACACAGAAAUAGGAACUGGUGCGCCUAUGUAGUGCAGAGGAACGUGAGCUGCGUCGUGCAAGGUAAUGGGGAGAGCUUCCAGGAGCCUAUGGUGGCCCCCUGCCCGGCCUACCAGCCCGACUGCCAGCAACAAGUGACAUACCAAACACGGUUUAGACCCACAUAUAAGAUUGCCUUCAAAACAGUCACAGAGUUAGAGUGGAAAUGCUGUCCUGGUUACAGAGGGCCUGCCUGUAAGGAUUUAAAAACGUCCACAGGUCAGCAAACAGCGCAGGGAGCGUCGUCUUACCACCCACCAAAUCCCGGAUACACACCCAGACACACACAGAGGGCUGAGAGGAGGGAGACUGCACAUUAUGAGACUCAACAUGGCGUCACAGAUAAGGUGCGUUUUCUCGAAGGUGAAGUGCAGCGUCUCUCCCAGACAGUUUUGGAUCUUCAGUCCACUCUUACAGGAAUAACCACCAACCUCCGCACAGACCUGCAGGAUGACACAAAAAAGAUGCUGGUGACACUUCUGAACAACAUGCGUCCUCCAGAAAAUAGCAACAACGCAGAGGAGACUCCAGUGGUACUAGAUGGGCACCAGGCUACCAGGGCAGGGGCUGCUGGAGAGAAAGCACUAGAGAAGAUUGAAGCUCGUUUAGAUGAUAUUGAUAAUGCACUGCGAAGCAAGGAUGAAGCUUUAGAAGACCUUAGGGGAAUAACAUUAGGGCAUGGGGGGCAGAUACGUGUCUUAAUGGAUGCUACUCAGUCUCAGACUCCAGUCAUAGCUGAGUUUGAGGGUAUACAAACCGUUAUUGAUGGAAAAAUUGCUAAACUGAAGAGGGAGCUGGACGAGAAUGUGGAGGAAAAAAUGGCCAAAUUACAGAAUCUUUGUGAUGACAAGAUCCGAACGUUGCAAAAGACUUGUGAAGAUGGCCAUGACCAAGUUCGUGUCAAGUUGACCAAGCUUUUGGAGAGCAAGGAGGCUGAUCUCAGAAAAGAGAUCCAAACAAUACGUUUGAACAUGGCUGCCUCAGAUGGACCUGCGCAGACUCAAAGACUGACAGAACCAUCUGAAGAGAAGAAGGACUACAGUGACCAUAAAGACAUAUGGCGUGAAAUUGAUCGCAUAGCAGAGGCUUAUCGAAUCCUAAACAUACGUUUUGACAACGAGCUAGGCCAUUUAUCUUCCUUUCAAGAAAUUGGUGAUUUAGGUCUACUGAUUCAAGAGCUGGAGGCGCGUGUGAAUAUUACUGAACAAAAUGCAGAAACUCAUUGUUUCUACAUUGAAGAGAAGUUAACGCGAACAAUUGCAGAUGAAGUGGAAGCUCUCCGGCAGUUGCUGGAUCAGCGUCUGAUCACCACUGAGGACCAGUUCACAAACAUCCUGGUGGAAAUGAGCAACAACUCCUUUCCAAGAGUGUCUGGCAACACAAAUGAUGGCCUUCAAGCAGAAGUCACCAACAAGCUCCUUCUGCAUGCCUUGGAUGAGAAAGUUAAGGCUGUUGAGGAGUUGUGCUCUGCUGGAUGUUCCAACUCUAAAAUUACAACUGAUCAAAGUCGAACUGUACUUACGCCUGGUCAUGCAGAAAACAUUGUGAAGGACCUGAAUCGGUACAGGAAUGAUUUGGAUGUUCUUCACACAGAUGUAAGUUCCAACACAGAGAAACUCAAACAACUGACAAACCUUUUUCAAAGUCAGUCAAUCGGAAAUGAGAGGCAAGUAAAGUCUAUGGAGGACUUCCAGAAGGGGCUGAUUAAUCUGCAAGAUAAUGUGCUUGCUUUGGCUGGUGCUGUUACUGGGUUAACUGACUCAAUGAGUAAAUCCAACCAGGAUAUUCAAAGAAUAAGCUCAAGAUGCUGCAAUGCAGAGCUAACUGGACAUGGAAGUUCAUUACAGCCCAAUUCAGCUUCAGUUGAUGGCGCCGGCCAUCAGAUACAAGACCUGAAGAACAGACUCGAUACGCUUAGCACACAGGUGUCUUCUGAACUUAAUAAUUGUAGGCAAAAUACACAAGGUGUUUCUGAUGGGGUCUCAGCUAUAGGUGGACGUGUAAGUCGUCUUGAAAAUAUUUGUGGAAGGUUGGAUGGAGUUUCUGUUAACAUCAAAGAGCUGAAAGAUGGGAUGGAGAGACAUGUUGGGGGCCUACAGAACUACAUCCAAAUGAUGAACAUAACUUCUGGAAAUCAUGGUGCAGACAUUGUCAUGCUGUCAAAUUCCUUGCGGAAGCUCCAGACACAGAUGUCCAUGAUAACUAAACACGUUUUGAAAGAUGUUGCUGCCAAAGAGCCAGGAAUGACACUGAGACCAGAUCGCCCCUCUUCUUUGCCUGAUACAACUCAGAGCAGAACCAGAAUCCAACAAAUCCACAUCCCCAUCAUCGUUCCUCCACCAUCUUCUGGCCCCAACCAGCCUGCACAGCCCAACAGGCACACGAUCAGGAUCAAUAAACCAUACCAGCCCUUGAAUCCCCAGAAUCCCCAUCUGCCGACGAUGCCUCUGGUUCCUGUAAGACCUGUAGUGGAAACGGGAGAGGCAGGGCCUCCGGGAUACAUCCGCCGGCUUAAUGUACGCAGAGGAGCUGAGGACUCAUUGAGCAAACCAGUCAAAGGGUUUGCUGGAGCACCAGGCUAUCCCCCUCUGCAGCCUACGUCUUCUAAGCCUCAGCCACUGAGCCAAAGAGCUACAGUAACAGCAAAAGCACCUUUGAACCCAUUGAAUCAGCGUACAGCAGAAUCACCAGUUUCAGUGGUCAGCAGUGUCUCUGUAGACCAGUUCUCCUUCUCUGCUGGCCUCACACAGUGCCCGACCUUCACUGAUGAUCUUGCCAUCAUCCGCUUUAACAAGGUGCUAGUCAACGACGGAGGACACUACAGUCCCAACACAGGAAUAUUUACUGUACCACACAAGGGCCGAUACUUGAUCUCAGGCCUGCUGACGGCAAAGCACGGGGAGCGCAUAGAUGCCUUGCUGUCUGUUUCUAACCGCAGUGUCCACAGACUACAGAGCUCAACUGGGGCCUUAGACAGCACUAACUGCACCUGCGGAGGAACCGUGACCUUCAGUCUGAUUCUACCACUGAGGAAAGGAGACCGUGUUAGUCUGUUGAGAACCAGAGGCCAGCUGGCCACAACCGACACCGGGGAGGUCCUCUCCACCUACAAUGCCAUCUACUUGUACUCACCGGCAGCCAAAACAUAGCUAGAGUGCAGCAGAGAAAUGGUAGCAAGGACUUGAUUGUUAUCAGACGCUUGGACUAUACAAAAUAAUAGAGAAACUGUAUUUUACACUGACUUGCUGGGAUGCUGCAGUUUAAAAUGCUGUGUCAUUGUGUGAACACUCCUAGUAAUAUGUUCAUUUAAGAAGCUGUUACAUUGCAGUUUGCAAGCCACUAAUAGAAAGACACCUGAGCACAAGACGCAGGGUUUGUAUCUAAUAUAUUGAUUGCAUAAAUAAACCGCUUGUCUAUUGUGAAUUGUUGUUUUCAAAUAAAAUACAUAAAAACUCA